CACACACACACACAAACACACGCGCGCACACACACACAGAAGCUGAGAUGAAGCAAAACUCCCAUUCUUGUGCUGUUCUCUUUGUUUUGCUUAUUAUCUCCUCACACGCAUCUGCCCGUAUCCUUGAAACAAAUCAUGGAAAAGAGGAGGCAAAGCUCAAUAAUAAAACCACCGGAGAUUCGCUUGUACAUAUAGAAGGCAAUAACUAUUUAAAUACUCUCAUGGGGAUAGAAGAUUGUGAAAGUGGAGAUGAAGAGUGCUUGAAGAGAAGGGUUCUUGCAGAGGCUCACUUGGACUACAUUUACACUCAGCACCAUAAGCCUUGAAGACUUUAGUUUUCCUCUUCAAAGGUUAUUACUUACAAUAAUGGAGAUGUCUAUAUUUCCCCUUUUUAUUACUCUUUUUGGGCUGUGUUUUUCUAGCUUAUAAAAUUGUAACUGUUACAUUAUGCAAUGGUCUUUGUGUUGAUGAACAAUCAUAAAAAUCUCUGAAGAUGUAUCCCUUAGAAGCAUCAUAUCUAUUUGACAUCUAAAAUUGUGC